AUGGAGUAUGUGGACUUACUAGGCCGAGUAUUUCGCUGGGAUACUGGGUUUGAAAGAUGGGUGCUUGUCCCUGAGGAAUGGAUUAGAUUAGAGAUGGCUAAGGUUUACUCCGCAGACCAGGAGUUGGGACUGCCAAAUUCAAGGGAAUCACCAGAAGAAUACUCUAGAGAAGCAGAACGUAAAGAUCAACUCAAUCACUUUAAGAUAAACAAAGAAAGUGACGUGCCUUCAAUAGUUAUAAGAGAACGCGAAUCAAUUUGUUGGCUAGAUCAAGGAGAGAUUGAUGAUCGAGUAACUUGGCAGAAGAUAGUGGCUAUAAUUAGCAAAUCAGAGUACUAUGUGCCCAACCAUCCUUUUAUGCACCAGUUUAAGGCCUGGUUAGAAGUAAGCAAGCGCAUAGGUUCUUUAGAUGAACCGACUAAACGAAUGAAAGCCAACUCCAGUCAAUUAGUCAAUACUAAGACCAAUGAUUGGUUGCACCCUGAGGUGCCUAUUGCUCGCCUGGCCGAAAGACUUAUUCAAGCCCAGGCCAUAAUUCCCAGACUAGAUUUUGCCUGGUCCGCUCUUAAAGAUCUAAGUAAGAUUCCAGGGUUUACAUCCGAACAAGAAAACGAUCUAUUAAGUGUUUUAGCCCAAACAGGAUACAUCUUUAUCAAUCAAGUUCUAGUUAAAGAAUCCGACUACCAAGCCACACUUAAAGAAAUAGAAAGUCUAAUCAACGAAGGCCAUAAUACACCACCCCAAACCAAUCUACCCACUGAGCUUUACCCCAAUCUCAUCAAACAAGCCAAGAAGAAGCACCGGAUCAAAGCCCGCCAACUCAUCAAGCAAGCCUUCUACGAAAAAGGAGUCCUUCUCAACCAGAACCCCGCCCAGUUCUUCUCUCUCCUCCCUCAGUUCUUCUCUCUCCUCCCCCAGUACUUCCCCCACCAGCCCAACCUCACCAAGUACCUCCAAUCUCUACAAAUAAACCUCCACCAAGAGUACCAAACCCUACAACAAGCCUACCAAGCCCAACUAACCCAACCCAACUCCUCCGACUCCCUUGAAGAAGGCGAGAUCCGCAACUAA